AUGGAUUAUGAAAAAUAUGAUUUAAAAAAUAAAACAAUUAUUAUUACUGGGUCAAAUGCAGGUUUAGGUAAAGAGAUUGCUAAAAAGAUUGCUAAAUUAAAUGGACAUAUUAUUUUUGCAUGUAGAAAUGAAAAGAAAGCAAUGGAAGCAAUUAAAGAAGUUAAAGAUUUUACAAAUAAUGAAAAUGAAAAAUUGGAAUUUAUCAAAUUAGAUUUAUUAUCAUUUGAAAGUAUCAAAGAGUUUGCCAAUGAAAUAAAGAGAAGAGAGCUCCAAAUUAAUAUUUUAAUUAAUAAUGCUGGUAUUAUGUGGUUAUGGGAAGACUUAAAAUGGAACAAUCCAAUCACUAAAAUAGGUUGUAGUCAAUUCAAUACCCAGUUUUUCGCAAAUUAUUUAGGCCAUUUCAUGUUAACUCAAUUAUUAUUUGACAAUUUAAUGGAAAAUCAAGCACGUAUUUUAAAUAUUUCUUCAUCAGUACACAGUCUUAGUAAUUUUUCAUUAGAGAAUCUCACUGAAAAUACAUCUUACACUUUUGCAACCUACUGUCAAAGUAAAAUGGCACAGAUUCUCUCAACUUAUCAAAUGCACUCUCAAAUCGAAUCUAUCGAGUCUGAAAAAAAGGCAACUGUUAAUGCAGUCCACCCAGGUAUUUUUGCAAGUGAUAUCGUUAACCUUCCAUCACCACUAGACAAGUUAUACUUUAAAAUUUUUAAAUCUGCUGAAUAUUGUGCAAGACACAUUGUUAAAUACGCAGUUUACGACGAAUAUCAAUCAAUCUCUGGUAAAUAUUUUGAUGAUACUAAAAUCAUUAAAACUUCAAAACAAUCUUAUGACACAAAUUUAUCUAAACAACUUUGGGACAAAUCAAUGGAAUUGAUCAAAGAUUAUAUAAUGUAA